AUGAGCCAAUACUCCGCCGCCGUUCCUGGCGAUGGCCAGGUGAGACCAGAGAUCAAAGCCUACUUUGAGCAGUUCUACAAGGUCUCAGACACGCCGGAUGGCCAUGAGACCUACGCGGAUUUCUUCACGAAGGAUGGCAAGCUCAUAAUGGGGUCUAACACUGUCGAAGGACGGGAUGCUAUUAUCAAGAUGCGCCAUGGCAUGUGGGAGAAGGUAGCGAAACGUUCGCAUAAGCCUAAGCAACUGUAUGCGUUUGGUUCAGGAUCAGACGAUAUCAUGUUGUUUGGCGAUGUCGGCUACGAGCUUAAAGAUGGGAGGAGCACGACUUUAGAGUGGGCAGCCCAUGCGCACUUCACCAAGGCAGAGGGUGAGCUCAAGAUGGAUUUCUACCAGGUCUACUUGGAUACUGCAGCCAUGUCCAGCGCCAAAUAG